AUGCGCCCAGCGCAGUCUUCGGAGGAGCGUCUGGGUCCGUUUCAAGUCGCAGAUCCCUCGGCCGUCGCAGAAGCAUCUUUCACCAUUACCCAAAUCGAAGGAAAACCUUCCAGCUCCGCGUUCUCCAAUCGCAAGAACCAUCACACCCCAAAAGACAACUGUCAGGACAGAGUUGCAGGCCCACCUGAACGAAUCUUGGUCUACUAUGGAGGGACUGGCAGAGCUAUCUUUCUGGGGACACUGCGAAUCACCACAGUGAUUCUAUUUGGUGCAGCAUGUCUAAUCGUUGCACCGGCAUGCUCCGUGGCUGAUUACCCCUGGUACAGCACACCUGCGGUGAUUGCCGCUGGCGCCCUGCCAAUGCUAUUUGUGUCCUAUACUGCUGCGCCUUAUGUGAACUUCAUCCAUUUGGCCCUGCCCGCAUUCGCCAGAAAGUCCCGGGAAGCUGCCGUCCAGUAUGCGAAAGACCUACCCCCGACAGCUGUGCUGUAUCUCACCAACAUGCGGUUCAAUACUAUUCCCCGGCAAACGGCUGUUCGCCUUGGAGAUCUCGUUCCGUUCGAAGACUCCUUGCGACCCGUCACAUUCAAGAAUCUGAAUCCAUCGCCGCAACGAUGGUGGCAGGGCAGAGCUCCAACCCAAUUCUAUACUGGAACCCACAGCAAACCCGGGAGACAGACCUCGGCUUUCUAUCCGGAAUUGUGGAAUGGAAUUUACCAGCAAAUUCAAAAAGCCAAGUCGCAGCCUCGUUGA